AGCUGAGGCUGAAGCGUCGGGUCAGUAAAGAUGCUCAAAAUAACCCUCGAAUACAACGAGAAUACAGAGAACUUGUUGUGCGUGUUUUGGUGACUGUCAUAUGAAGUGUCGGCUCGUAACAUGACUCAGAGCGUCACAGGCGGAAGGUCACGGAGCAGCAGCACGGAACGGAAGCGGGAGUAAAAAGCCUAUCCGCCAUUGUGGAAUAUGGUAAGGGAUAUUCCAGUUAGACACUAGUCAGUUUCACAUUGACUGAUCAAGCACCAUCUGUGGCCCGGAUCGUGCACACGAGCUGACGCCUCCUCCGCAGACGCAAAAGUCGCAGUUUGUAACAUCCAGAAGAAGCCGAUCGUCGUCGGGUCUGACCACGGGAGGAAAGCGCCGCCUGGCCACAUUAACGGAGUGAUUGGACAAGCAGAGAGACGAGCCAGGGAAGCACCGAAGUGAAGAGAGAGAAAGAGAGAGAGGGGGGAGGCAAAGGCAAAGGGGGGAAGCCGUGGACAAUCUCACAAACAGCGAUCAGUUUCGGUUCCUGGAGGAUGUCUGCGACCACAGUCGAUCAGAGACCCAAAGGACAAGGAAAUAAAGUGCAAAACGGAUCAAUGCAUCAAAAGGAUGGUGUGAAUGAUGAUGAUUUUGAGCCUUAUCUAAGCGGCCAGACAAAUCAGAGUAACAGCUAUCCACCAAUGUCUGACCCCUACAUGCCCAGCUACUAUGCUCCAUCCAUUGGGUUCCCUUACUCCUUGGGAGAGGCUGCUUGGUCCACAGCAGGAGACCCGCCUAUGCCCUACCUAACCACCUAUGGACAGAUGAGCAAUGGCGAGCCGCACUUCAUCCCCGACGGUGUUUUCAGCCAACCAGGAGCCCUGGGAAACACCCCUCCCUUCCUCGGUCAGCAUGGCUUCAACUUCUUCCCUGGAAAUGCAGACUUUUCCACCUGGGGUACCAGUGUCUCUCAGGGUCAGUCCACACAGACCUCAGUCUACAGCAACAGCUAUGGGUACGCCCCCAGCUCGCUGGGCCGGGCCAUCACAGAUGGGCAAGCGGGCUUUGGAAGCGACACCCAGCUUAGUAAGGUCCCGGUGCUGAACAGCAUCGAGCAGGGUAUGGCGGGGCUGAAACUGGGUACAGACAUGGUGGCAGCUGUCACCAAAACGGUGGGCUCUCCCUUAGGAGGCACAGCAGGUAUGAGUAGCAUGGCAGCCAAUAACCUCCCUCCGUCUGUCAGCUCGUCCGCACCUAAACCUGCCUCCUGGGCAGCCAUCGCCAAGAAGCCGGCCAAGCCACAGCCCAAGGUCAAACCCAAAGCCAACAUGGGGAUGGGGGGAGGCGCCAUUCCUCCACCCCCCAUAAAGCACAAUAUGAACAUUGGUACUUGGGACGAUAAGGGCUCUCUGAACAAGCCCCAAUUAGCUCAGACUAUGAUGCCACACCAGCCUAUGGUGCAGCAGCCCCUCCUUGCUCAGCCCCAGCCCUUACUCCAGAACCCUUUGCCCCCUCAACCUCAACACCAACACCAACCCCAGCACCAACACCAACACCAACACCAACACCAGCCCUUCCAACUUCAGUCGCUCCAGUCCCCCCAACACCCCCAGCCUCUCCCCCCUGGUCCUCCGCACCUGCACCUUGCCUCCCAACCUGGUCCCCCACAACCCCUUCAUCAACAACAACCCCAGCAGCCUGGCCCGCCCCCCAACCGUUGGGUGGCUCCCAGGAACCGGGGUGAGGGCUUUGGUUUGGGUGGUGGAAUCCCACUGAGUGCCUCCCCUUGCUCCGGAGAAGUGCACCCAGUGCUAGAGAAACUCCGUGCCCUCAACAACUACAACCCCAAAGACUUUGACUGGAACUUGAAAAAUGGACGCGUUUUCAUCAUCAAGAGCUAUUCAGAAGAUGACAUCCACCGCUCAAUCAAGUACUCUAUCUGGUGCAGUACAGAACAUGGCAACAAACGCCUGGAUGGCGCCUACCGCUCAAUGGGCAACAAGGGGCCCCUGUACCUAUUGUUCAGCGUCAAUGGCAGUGGGCACUUCUGUGGCGUGGCCGAGAUGCGCUCACCCGUGGACUACAAUGCCUAUGCAGGCGUCUGGUCUCAGGACAAGUGGAAGGGCAAGUUUGAGGUGAAGUGGGUUUUCAUCAAAGACGUGCCCAACAACCAGCUGCGUCACAUCCGGCUGGAGAACAAUGACAACAAGCCAGUGACCAACUCCAGGGACACUCAGGAAGUGCCUCUGGAGAAGGCCAAACAAGUGCUUAAAAUUAUCGCCACUUACAAGCAUACCACCUCAAUCUUUGAUGACUUUGCACAUUAUGAGAAACGUCAGGAAGAGGAGGAGGCUCUGAGGAAGGAGCGCAGUAGAAAUAAACAGUAACCUUCAAGCAAGCUCUCUGCUAGAACUGCAACACUAAUGAUGUAGGACCUUAAAUAAAAAUUUUGCCUAACCACAAGGAGGAAAGGCCCUCGCCCGUCUUUCCGCUGAAGACGACAAUGUAUCUGAACACUUGAAGACGACAAUAGAUGGACUCAUCCGUAUCCGUUGACUGGUGCAUCAAACCCCGUGUUCCCGUCUCACGAGAAAAAGAGCGUAGCCCACAUCCAGAAACUGUCUUUAAAAAGCACUUUCAGUCCUUCUAAACAGCCUCUACCCUUAACUCUCUAACUCUUCUUCUUUUGAUUUCGUUUGUGAGCAACUAACUGACUAACCCCGAGUAGUCAGGAGAUUUCACUGAGCUUAUUUGUAAUUUUUUAAAUGCCUCACACGUUUGGGAUCUUUAUCAGCCCACCCCCCCCCCCCGGAGAGAAUUAAAGAUGACGUGUAUAAAUUAGUCUUGUACUUGAAUCUGUAUUCGGCUGCUUUGAUCCCGCUCAGGCGGACUGUGGCUGUCGAUGACUGACAAGCGGGGUGAAAUAAUUGGGAAACGGCCACAAUCACGCCAAUCACAGGAAGUGUCCUGCCCUCUACCUGUUCCCUUCCUUUCUGCAUCUGGUUUCCGUGUACCAAAAGAUUAUGAUUACGCGUCGGGCUGGCGAGCGCCGGCCGGUGCACCUCUUCUUUUGAUUUCUCUCUUGUGAUUCUGUCAUUCUGAAGUGCAUUUGUCUGAGGAGAAACCUGCUGCUCUGUGCUAUAGAACUAUAGUGGUGGCCUCGUGGGUGACUGUCUUUGCUCUGAUGUUGAUGUGUCGUACCUCAGGCUCAAUCAGACUGUCUGUCCUCAACAACUCUUAGCACUUUUGGGGAGAACCUCGGAGCGUGACCGCACCCACUCAACUUGACUGAGAUCCCCCCAAAAAGGCAAGACAUCAACUGCAAGGAUGUGACAGUUUUCUCCUCUAGGUAACUCACUAGCUAAAUAAAAAUUACUCAUGUUUAGCGAAA